GGCGCGUGUCGCGCAUGCGCAGCGUGUUGAACAGGCUAAGUAAUGUCGGUCUCUGUUUAAGGCUUUAAUUCGGAGAGUUUCUGUAAAGUCACAUGGAGGAGAACGGCACAGACAUGCAGACUACUGAGUCAGAGCAGUGUGCGUACGUGUGUGCGAGACAGAAGCUGGAGAAUCUGCUUAAUAAGAGUAUGAAGAUCCGGAUGACGGACGGGAGGACGCUGCUCGGCCUGUUCCUCUGCACGGACCGCGACUGUAACGUCAUCCUGGGGUCUGCUCAGGAGUUCCUCAGGAGCGCCGACUCGUUCUCUCAAGCAGAGCCACGUGUUUUGGGGCUGGCGAUGAUUCCUGGGCAUCAUGUCGUGUCAAUCGAGGUGGAGACGGAGAGUCUACAGAGCCAGGGCCUCUAAGCAGAGCAUCAUGGGAAAUCUAGUUUAACUGUCAGAGUGUGGAGUGAAACGUGUAAGGACACAGAAGAACAUGUAAACUAAUGUGUCUGUGUGUGUGCAGCGCGCGCGCGCGUGUGUGUAAAACAGUGUUAAUAA